AUGGACACUGUGACAGAAUCGGAUAUGGCCAUUGCAAUGGCGCUUAUGGGAGGUAUAGGUAUUAUUCAUCACAAUUGUACUCCAGAGUUCCAAGCCAAUGAAGUCCGUAAAGUGAAGAAAUUUGAGCAAGGCUUUAUUACUGAUCCAGUUGUAAUGAGUCCUUCACACACCGUGGGUGAUGUUUUUGAAGCCAAAACCCGACACGGGUUUUCUGGGAUGCCAGUGACUGAAACUGGAAAAAUGGGCAGCAAGUUGGUGGGGAUUGUCACGUCCAGAGAUAUUGACUUUUUGACUGAGAAGGAUUACACCACUUAUCUGAGUGAGGUAAUGACCAAGCGAGAUGAACUAGUUGUUGCUCCUGCCGGAGUCACUCUUAAAGAAGCUAAUGAAAUCCUGCAGCGCAGUAAGAAAGGAAAAUUGCCCAUAGUAAAUGAUAGUGAUGAGCUAGUGGCCAUCAUUGCAAGGACAGACCUGAAGAAGAACCGUGACUACCCACUUGCCUCCAAGGACUGCCGGAAACAGUUGCUGUGUGGUGCAGCUGUUGGAACUAGAGAAGAUGACAAGUAUCGGCUCGAUCUUCUCAUGCAAGCUGGUGUCGAUGUUGUAGUACUGGACUCUUCUCAAGGUAAUUCUGUGUAUCAGAUAAACAUGAUCCACUACAUCAAACAGAAGUAUCCUGAUCUGCAAGUGAUAGGAGGAAAUGUUGUAACUGCAGCACAAGCCAAGAAUCUUAUUGAUGCUGGUGUAGAUGCUCUCCGGGUGGGGAUGGGAUGUGGAUCCAUAUGCAUCACUCAAGAAGUAAUGGCUUGUGGCAGACCUCAGGGAACUGCAGUAUACAAAGUUGCAGAGUAUGCUCGCAGGUUUGGUGUUCCAGUUAUAGCAGAUGGAGGGAUUCAAACAGUAGGACAUGUGGUGAAAGCUUUGGCUCUAGGGGCCUCUACAGUGAUGAUGGGUUCCUUGCUGGCUGCUACCACAGAAGCACCUGGUGAAUAUUUCUUCUCUGAUGGUGUGAGGUUAAAGAAAUACAGAGGGAUGGGCUCGCUGGAUGCCAUGGAGAAAAAUACCAGUAGUCAGAAGAGAUAUUUCAGUGAAGGGGAUAAAGUAAAAGUGGCCCAAGGAGUUUCUGGUUCUAUUCAAGACAAAGGGUCCAUCCACAAAUUUGCACCAUACCUUAUUGCAGGCAUUCAGCAUGGCUGCCAAGACAUAGGGGCCAAAAGUCUCUCCAUACUACGUUCUAUGAUGUAUUCUGGAGAACUCAAACUGGAAAAGAGAACCAUGUCUGCCCAAGUAGAAGGUGGAGUCCAUGGUCUCCAUUCGUAA